AUCAAUAUAAAAAUUACGCCAGUUAUUGGAAAUAGAUUGAAAAAAAUGACAAUUGGCGAAGCAGAUGUAAUAUUGAAGAGCCAGUUAACUAAAUCUGUUUUACCAGCAAGGACGACCAGGCAAACGUUUUUGCAAUUUUUGUACAUCAAUUUUACAGCUUGUGGACAGACCUUCAAUGGUACAACAAGUGAAAUCAAUGUAAUACCCUCAUACUAUUCGGGAAAUUGUGACUGGAAAAUCCAUUCACCGUUGGUGAACUCAAGCGUACUUCUGGUUGUUCAACGUUUCCAAAUGCAGUACUGCUGGUAUAGUUAUGUUACAACUCGCAACGGCCAAAGUAGGGACCUUUGCGGUCAAGAGGAACCAUUUGCAAUUCUCAUUCCAGGAGGCUAUGCCCAUGUCAGACUUUACGUGUACUAUUAUUAUUAUACGACAUUGAAGGCCUUGUACUUUGUGAUGAACAACACAGGCUUACAUGCUUCAUAUCAACGUGACUGGAAUGUCACAGUCGGCAAUAUCAGUUCUACAACAGUCAAUGUCAGUUGGUUGCCUUUGAAAACCAGCAACUUAAAUUCCACUGACGUAUAUGGUUAUGUAGCUGUUUGCAUACGCAGAGGUAGCAGUGACAUUCUUCCGUUGAGUGUAGAAAAUGCUUCAUCUUCAAAUACCGUGGUGCGCAAUCUGAAACCCUACAGCAAUUACGAAGUCAAGGUUGUUGCUCUCCUCAAUGAUCGAGUAACUAAAGUAACAACACUUAAAAGCAGCGAGAAAACUGACAUACGUACGAAAGAGGGCGUUCCUGGUUUUGUUCCAUGGGUGUAUGGAUACGAUCAUGGUUCCAACUCUCUCAAGAUUUACUGGUCUCCUAUACCUGAAGAAGAUACUCAUGGAGUUCUUCUUGACUACGUCGUGUAUUAUAGACGUUAUGGUUCCUACGAGAGCUUCACCACUGUCAAAGUGAACGCAAGUACCCGAGUAUUGAGGAUUACAGGUCUGUCGGAGGCCACGACUUAUGAAAUCAAAGUUGCAGGUCGUACAGCUGUUGGAGAGGGUCCUUUGAGUACCACAUAUGAGAGCACAGCUUGUGGAGGGAUCUUCAAUGGCACUGCAGGUGAAAUCAAUGCAACAAACACAUACUAUUUAGGAUAUUGUUAUUGGGAAAUCCAGUCACCGUUAGUGAACUCAAGUAUACUUCUAGUUGUUGAACAUUUCCAAUCGCGGUAUUGCAGGUAUGGUUCAGUUGUAACUGGUAACGGCCAACGUGGGUACUUUUGUGGUCAAAAGGAACCAUUUGCACUUCUGGUUUCGGGAAGCUAUGCCCUUGUCAGACUCAACAGUUAUUAUUAUUAUUAUUAUUAUUAUUAUUAUCGGACGUCAUUGAAGGCUUUCUAUGUUGUGAUGAACAAUGUUUCACAUGAACACAGCUGGGACGUCACAAUCAGCAAUAUAAGUCCUACAACGGUCGUUGUCAGCUGGUUACCUUUAAAUGGCAGCAGUUUAAAUUCCACUGACAUAUAUGGCUAUGUAGCUGUUUGCUUGCACAGUGUUAGCAGUGACGUUCUUCUGUUGAGUGUAGAAAAUGCUUCAUCUUCCAAUACCGUGGUGCGCAAUCUGAAAUCCUACAGGAACUACAAAGUCAAGGUCGUUGCUCUCCUCAAAGAUCGAGUGACUGGUGUAAUAACCUUGAAAGGCAGCGAGGAAACUGACUUUCGUACCAAAGAGGGCGUGCCCGCAGCAGCACCGCGGCUUAAUACCGUUGUGGCCUUGGACAAUCAGAGAGCUUUUGUAAGCUGGUUUACAUUACCACAAGAUGAGUUCGGGGCAUUAUUUCUUCGAGGUUACAGAGUGCAUUACUUAUCUUACAGAAACUAUCAAACUAGAAAUGUCACUGCGCGACCAGACCAGCUGCAGGUUGAAUUGACUGACUUAGAUCCAGACACUUGGUAUAGCAUAUGGAUAACGGCGUUUACAACUAUGGGAGAAGGUCCACGGUCGUAUAGCUAUUGGAUCAAAAGUUGGUGUGGAUGGUCAAUUUCUAAUCGGUCUGGCGAAAUUGUCUCUCCUGGGUUCCCUCACUACGUUGAAGCUAGUGAUUGUGCGUGGAGCUACUUUGCCCCUGACAACUACACGAUACUUCUGAUCACGUUCACAAGUUUUAAUUUACCUUCUUCGUGGAACUGCAGUCGUUUUUAUCUUGACAUCCAGAAAGGACAGGAAGUAGAUAGGAUAUGCGGCUCAAGGACGGGAUUAUCAAUUCUAUCGGGCGGUUCGUCCUUGUUGCUGCGUUACCACUCGGAUCGUUUUACAAAUAUGGUACCCGGCUUCCAAGCCAAAUAUUACAUGCUUAACGGCUCAUUAAGCAAAGCCCCUCAGUUAAAUGGUUGGAGCAUUACUGCUGAGAGCAUUACCUCAACAACAAUAUCAGUAGGGUGGUCCAGCGUGACACAUGCCAUAUCGGUUCAGGAUUUGUUUGUUUUCGUGGCUGUUUGUACUGCUACUGGAAUAAAUGACAGAUCGCGUCUAGCUACAGCUAUUGUGUCCUCUUCAAAUGUACUGGUGGGAACGCUUAAGCCUUAUACAGAGUAUCAGGUUCAAGUCGUGGCCUUGGUCAAAGGGCAGACCAAUCGUAGAAUUGCAAUGAGAAGCAGCAGUGUUGUUCUGCUUCGAACAAAGGAAGAUGUUCCUUCAAAACCUCCUGAUAAUAUAAAUGCUUACAGCACUAGUUCUACUAGUAUUGUUAUUACAUGGUCUCCCAUAAGUGAAAACGACGCAAUGGGAAAACUCUUGGGAUACCUGGUGCAGUAUAAGGAAGCCUGGACACCGGAAAUGCCCGCAGCAGCACCUUGGCUUAAAACCGUUGUGGCCUUGGACAAUCAGGGAGCUUCUGUAAGCUGGUUUAGAUUGUCACAAGACGACUUCGGGGCAUUAUUUCUUCGAGGUUACAGAGUGUAUUACUUAUCUCACAGAAACUAUCAAACUAGAAAUGUCACUGUGCGACCAGACCAGUUACAGGUUGAAUUGACUGACUUAGAUCCAGACACUUGGUAUAGCAUAUGGAUAGCCGCAUUUACAACUAUGGGAGAAGGUCCACGGUCGUAUGGCUAUUGGAUCAAAACUUUGUGUGGGCGGUCAAUUUCUAAACGGUCUGGCGAAAUUGUCUCUCCUGGGUUCCCUUACCACGUUGAAGCUAGUGACUGCGUAUGGAGUUACUCUGCUCCCGAGAACUACACGAUACUUCUGAUCACGUUCACAAGUUUCCAUUUACCUUCUUCGUGGAACUGCAGUCGUUUUUAUCUUGACAUCAAGAAAGGACAGCAAGUAGAUAGGAUAUGCGGCAAAAGGACGGGAUUAUCGAUUCUAUCGGAUGGUUCGUCCUUGUUGCUGCGUUACCACUCGGAUCGUUCUACAAAUAUGGCACCCGGCUUCCAAGCUCAAUAUUACAUGCUUAACGGCUCAUUAACCAAAGUUGUCCAAAGCUACCCAACCUAUGGUGUCGAUUUCAGAGAUUACGUCCGUGGCAACUUCAAGGACUUCAACGUCGUUGAUUUUACCGGGUCUGGCAAGUGCAUGAAGGUGGAAUACGUGAACAUCCGCGGGCACAUGCGCAUGCAUCUGACGGCACGUGUCUGGCAGAGUACCUCUGUGUUUUGGCACAUUGACAGCAGUAGUUCCGGCUGCCAGUUUGACCCAAGAUCUGGCGCAGUAUCAAGCGAGGACAACUUUGGUUAUUACGGUACCAUCAACCCAAAGUUCCGCUGCAACGAGGGACCUGAUUCGACCACUCAGUGGUGGUUUGGAGCUCAUUUGUAA